GCCGUCGCGGUAGGUCAAGGGUGUGUGCUUUGUGCCGUUUUAUUAGGAUAUCAGGAUAGGUCAUUUCAUAAAAUACAUUCGCCAAAUGCUACUGUCGCCCACGUCUUUUUCUUUCGGCGCGAGCAGGAAUGUUCAACGUGAACGCAGUCAACCUGUUACCAGGUGUUUUGAGCGCAACUUUCUCCCUGUCUAGGGGCACUGUGACACGAUCUAGGGACAUCACUAGGGAAUUUCGAAACAAGGUCGCUGAAUCACUGGUUCUACAUGUGUGGGUAGCUUUCUGUAAGUGUUCUGCAUGGUGCUUCACAGGUACAUGUUGCAUUUCUUCGUAAUGCCGGACGGAUCGCGUGUUACGAAGGCUGGAUAUUCCUUUUAACGUUAUCAUCUUCUGAUUUUCAUGGAAUCAACGCGAGGAACGCCAAAAAAUGACAGCUACAGUUUCAGAGAAGAAGUCGGGUCUCCUCAGUGGCCUCUGGAGUGUCAGGAGGGUGCGCACCGCAAUCCUGUGCUUCGUCGUGUUCAACGUGGUUGCCAUCGGGCUGUUCUUGACGCAAACGUGGCGGUUCAGCAGAGCCCCUGCUCGUGAUCGAGACGUGAAGUGCCGUUAUUCGGACUAUAGGUACUCGGACAUCUUGAACGAUGUCCUCCACUUGCCGCUGCACCGAAACCGUGCAAUGAACGCGUACUACUUUUCCACCAAGGACCAGUGGUGCUUCAAAGCUGGAACCCACGAGAAUGAGUCCAUGCAAGCAGGAAAAUGCGUCUGCGUCUCUGGUUUUCACGGAAAAGAUUGCGGGAUCUUCGAAUCAGUCUGGAGAUCAAGCUUUUUAAAGUCGGGCACCGUAAUGGGUGCGUGGGUACGGCGCCGAGCACGGCCACGAAGGAUCGUGAGCGUCUUCUUGGCGAACUCCACACAGUUUGACCUGGUGAAGCUGCAUCUCGACUACCUGGGUGAAGUCGUGGACGCCUUCGUCAUCGGCCAUGAGGGCAGAGAACUUUUUAAGAAAAUUAAUGAAACGUACAACAGGACAAGCGUGUACAGUAAGAUAGUGUCUGUCGUGUUGCAAGAGGCGAAGUUGUCACACCUGUUAGACCAGUUGUGGCGUCGUGUGUCAGACUUCAGGCUGGAUGACCUGUUUCUGUGGACCGAUCCUACAGCCUUGCCGUUUGUAGAGACGAUUGUGUUUAUGAAAUUGUACGACGGAUUUUCCGAACCUGUUAGAUUUUACAUGCGGGACUUGGCACACACCUUCCUGUGGCAGAAGCCGGAAAGACCCAGCGAGACUCGAGCGGUGCACCUGUCUACAUUCGCGUUAGUUCACAGUCUGUGUCGCUUCAACCAUCUAUGCAUUUUGUCUGGAACAGUGCCCAAGCUAGAUCAGUCUGCUCUCGAUGCAUUCACUAAAAUGACAGGUUGGAACCUGCAGCCGUGGUCCGUAGGAAAUUCAUCGACACCAUCUGGUUGGAACUGCCGUGAUUGUCUCGUGAUUCCGAACUCCAUCGACGUUUUUGCGAAUCAAAUCACGAACUCUACAAAUAUUCCGCACCAAUGGUUGACGUUUGUUUCACAAAAGCUGCAGGAGCGUCGCUUCAACAUAGCCGACGUCCACGCAGUCAGUUACGGCGACUCUCAUCUGGCACCUAGUCCUCUCCUGGAGCGUCCAGGACCCCUCUGGUACAUGGUACCUUAUGCGCUAAACGAAAAGACUCUCGAAUCGGAAAGCUAGAGUGCGUAGUGGACGUGGUUACAAAAUAGCAUUUUUUUCCCCGAAACACGUACAACAGUUUAGGCUGCCACCCUUUUGUACCUCCUAUAGAAUGUUUUUGAAUGCUAGCUAGAAACAUGUGUUCAACACCGCCGAGCGAAGUGCUUUGCAUAAAGUGCUGCCUUGUGCUAAAACCUCACUGUGCCUUACAGCAAAUGAGAGGAGUGUAGCUGCCCUUUGAACCACACUGCUUCAUAUGUGAAACCAUACGUUGACAGUUGAACAUGAUAGUUUUGCGUUAAGAACGUUCGUGGUAAUGAAUCUCCUUUGAAUCCUCGUUCCCCCCUUCCUCCUUUUUCAGGUGCUAUACACGGACUUUCAGUGGCUUACUGGCUUUUUGUUACAUAUAUGGCAAACGCUAGGCGUGUAUCUGUGAUAAGGUAGUACAGGAGUGCAAGCAGCUUUGAACGCUUAUUUACGGGAUUCGCAAUUGUGUUGGACCUCGAGUGUAUAUUAACGAAUUCGGGGCAGCAGUCACAGCAGAUUGAAGGCAUGCAGCUGCCAAAGCAACUUGACAGUGUGACAGUUCAUUGUUCCAUGUUUUCGCACCUUAAUCUAAAUGUCGAAACGCACUGAGUUAAUGGGAUAUGCGAGGUCUCGUUAUUAUAAUGCUAACAUCUGAUUCUACGAUGUGCGUAACGUUUUGGAAGGGGCAGGUACGCAUUACAGGUCAGAAGAAAUCGGGGCGUUACGUGUUUUUUUCAAAUAAGAAGUCGCACAGAUGUCGUUUUUGCAGUUGAGUUAUACGGCCUGGGGGACACCCGCAUAUAUACGCAUACACAUAUACAUUUGCAUAUCAAAAUUCGGGGAUGGAUAUUUUGACGCACGUGCGUGUUUCAGGAUUUUUUUAACGUAGAAUGACUUUCAACGAGGCUAGUCUGCGCUCUCAUUCUGCAAUCUCGAUUUUGCAGGGAAUUCUCUAAUUAAUGAAUUUUUGGUAAUUACUCACCUUGUAAUUACAUACUCCAAAGGAUGUCCGCUUGGCCGUAUAACUCAAAAGCGAUGGUGAGGGUGAUGUGACAAAGGGAUAAAUGGGGAUGUCAGUCGGAGUGUGGGCAAAUAUAGGCUGCUCUCAGUUUUUCAUAAAAACUAUGUAAUGCCUAAAAACAAACACCCUGUGCUUUUCAAAAUAUUUCUUAAAAUGGUGGUUAAUGCUCUCACAUUGCAGUAACCUUUCCAGUGUGUCUGCAACACAGAGUGAAAAUAGGCGAACAACAAGACGACAGAUACUCGAAAUUAGAGCUUAAUGGCAUGGCUAAGUAGCAGCUAAAGGCGGCAUUUGUAAGACCGUAUUCUUGAGAGUCGUGCCAUGCAAACGGGAGCAUGUUUUAGCCUUAGUCUUUUCCUGCGAGGUAAUGACCCAUAUUGUUAAAAGUAUAAUACCGACAGAACUUUAAUGAAAGUUUAAGUUGUAAUUAACGUAACAAUAGCAAAUAACAAAGCAAAUAUAAUCAACUACACUGCAACAGGCGCCACGGAAACUACUCUAUUCAAUCCACCCAUAGUAUGUUAUUCGAACCAUAGCCUCUUUCCACUGGCAUUUCUCGUAAACUACAAUUUACUUGUGGGCAGGGCCGGCGAGAGAAAUUACGUGCCCCGGGGAUGACUCCGGACGUGUCCUGCACGGGCCCCCCUCCUCAUGUGUCCUCGUGCUAGCAACCGUCGGGCAUUGGGUCGGGUGGGCCCCUGAUGAGUCCCGGGGCUCUAUCUCCGGCUGCCCUUCUCUCGCGCCGGCCCUGCUUGUGGGAAACCUUUUGAUGUCGGUGUGGGGUGUGGUAUUUGCUGAAGACUUGGACUUGCUUAAAUGAUUGCAGUGAGAUAAGUAUGCGUUGUACGAACCAUAUGGUGGAAGAAGUAGACAGUUCUUAACUCCAUGGAAAUUGCGUAGACGAUUCGGAUACACGGCAGUAAAUUCUGGUACUGGACGCGGACUUGCGCCAACCAACAUGUGAUCGACGUCCACUCACGCGAAUUUGUUCGCAAUACAAAUUCGAGCGGGUUGGCGAGAAUUUAUUUAUUGUGCCUAGUCACGACAUAGAGUGAGAACAUGUGGAACUUGUGGUAGCAGUUUGUAGGUUACUUGGAUGCUUGAAUACGAAACUCUGCUUCCGCGCGACACUUCUGGAUACAGAGCUUUCGUACGGCGUAGCGUCGGACCUUUCCGUGCGCAAGACAAUAGCGGAUGCACACGCCGUACGCAUAUCUACGUACCUUGGCGCGUUGCGUUCUCCCGUUAUUAUAGAGAGCUUUGAGGCAUACGGAGCCGUCUCUGCGCAUUGGGGAAAACAAUGUUUGAGUUCUGGGCGUGUGCAGUGACGACCUCUCUUUCUUUCUUUUGGGGUCGCGGGGCGCUUGGGUACCCUAUUCUGAAACUGCUUGCCCUAUCUUAUAAUCUCUUUGGGAUCUCCUCUUAUCUCUUGGGUACCCUAUCUUGUUGUCAAUAGAAGAAAAAAAUAUGAACCCCGCUUAACAUGGGACCGGCUACUCGAGAGCAGUUACCAAGCACUUGGCUAAAAACUAUUUUGGCACUUGGCUAUUUUGGAAAGUUUGUGUGUGACUCCUAAGGAACUUUGCGUGGCGUACACGCGCCUCGGGGGGCAAAAUUAUUUGCUUGAGCGCAGAAGUACCAGUCACGUUGUCUUUAGCAGUUGGACCAGUAACAGUUUGCGUUUCGUACGACACGACGUUGUAAACCUCUCACUGGUGGUUUCAGAUUGCUGUUCGUGAUUUCUACGCGUGCGUCGUACGCGUGAGCGCCAGACGCAGUGCUAAAAGUUUAUUAUAUCUAACAUAUACGACGUUAUCGAAUGAAUAACGUGCAAACCACGGAACCUUUUGAUAAUUCCUUGCAUUAUAGUGCAGUGAACAUCCCGUGACGAGGUCUUUCUUGUGUUUCUCUCUCUCUUCUUUAGCUUUUAGUUAGAGAUGGGACGAAUCCAAUCCAAUCCGAAUCUGAAUCCAGGGAAGGUUCAACGAAUCCACGAAUCUUACGAACCUCGAAUCUUUCGAAUCCUUUCUUUUAAAAAAGUUUAAAAAGCAAAAAAAAAAAAAACUUCUAGUGAAAAAUGUUUUGCAGCAGAAUAUGACACUUUUGUUUAAUGAAAAACCAAUUAAAUAAUGCUUCAGUUUCAGGAGAAAAUAUACCCACAUAGUUCUUCUUAAAAGUAAGUUAUUUAACAUGUUGUUCGUCGACUACAAGAAAUGCAUAAAUUCUCGAGUGUGGAUUAUUUCCUUAAAACUAAGCAACCAUCAAAAGCAACUUUUAGACUUGUAAUGUAACAGUUCCUGCCUAAGCCUAAGCUCUUUCAGUUCACAGCAAUGUAAGCAACUAAAUAAGUAAACAUCUGUCGGCCAAUGGGGCUUUCUGCGGACUCCGGAGGCGCCAAUUUGAAAAAUAAACAAACAAACCUGGUUGGUGGAUUCGAAAGAUUCGAUUCGUCGUUUUGGGCACUGAGAUUCGGGUUCGCGAAUCUCGAAUCCCUGCCUAGGAUUCGUGGAUUCGGUUGGCACAUCCCUACUUUUAGUAAUACGUGAUGUAAGACCCUGCGGCUUCAUAUAUCGUCACUGUAAAACUGUAGAGUUUGCAGUUAGGUAAAACCAUUGGAAGGUACUUUAGUGUCAUAAGACCCGCUUACUAAUACACAGCGAAUUCCAUGAAGGGAAUUGCCUGAGGACGAGAGCCACCUAUAUUUCGAACAGAGACUGUAAGUAAGGACAGUCUCUGUUCGAAAUAUAAGCGCUGUCGUCCUGAGGCAAUUCGCUUCAGAAUUUCUUACCGGUUCGCUCGAUUUCUACCCAUAUGGUAAUACCAGUAUUUCCCAAUGGGGAGGUCAACCAUUGAACCAUUAUCUGAUAUGCGCGUCUGAGUAUGUAGAGUGUACUCCAGUCAGGAUGAGCAUUUGGGCAUUUGUGAUGUGAGCAACGACAACUAAUACAUUAUGACGACGUUAUGGGCUGCUUUUGCGAAACGAAGAAUGACUGCAAUCUAUAUGUGAUGCCUUUCCUUUUGUGGGUGCACAACACACUCCUCUCUCUGUUAUUAUGCCUCAUGAUCAUGCAAUGUCGACACAUGCGAUGUCCUCUAGAGUUCAGUCUGGUAUAAGAAAUGAUGAUCAAAAAUCCCUUCUACCAAGAAUCAGCUAUCUCCUUUUUACUACGUUGUGAUGCAGGUGAUAUUUGUAUUACGGAAUGUUUACAUUUAUUAAAAUCUAUUAUAUACUGUUA